AUGCCCGGGUCGCCGUCGUCGUCGUGGGCCGUCUACAGGGCGAGGAUGGCCUCCAUCUUCGGACACUCGGACACGAAGGUUGUUGCCGCCUUUUGGCUCUUUGGCCUCAUCAACAAUGUCCUCUACGUCAUCAUCCUCUCCGCCGCGCAGGACCUCGUCGGGUCGCUCCCCAAGGGCGUGGUGCUCCUCGCCGACGUCAUGCCCUCGUUCGUCACGAAGCUCGUCGCGCCGUACUUUAUCCACCGCGUCCCGUACGCCGUGCGAAUCCUCAUAUUCAUCGGGCUGUCCUCGACGGGCAUGCUCAUGGUCGCCCUGACGCCGGCCGAUAAGUCCGUGGCCGUUAAGCUCCUCGGCGUCGUGCUCGCGAGCCUCAGCAGCGGCGGCGGCGAGUUGAGCUUCCUCGGCCUGACCCAUUACUACGGGCACAUCAGCCUCGCGGGCUGGGGCUCGGGCACCGGCGCCGCGGGCCUGGUGGGCGCGGGGCUCUACGUGGUGCUGACGGACUGGUGGGGCUUCAGCGUCCGAGACAGCCUGCUGUUCUCGGCGUGUCUGCCCGCCAUCAUGUUCAUAAGCUUCUUUGUGGUCUUGCCACGGGGGCCCCUGGAUGAAGGGUCGAAGCUUAAGGAAUACGGUGCUGUGCCGGAGCGAGAUCUUGACGACGACGAUGUGGAUGGCAUGCCACAGGGUACAGCCUCGACGGCUCUACUUGCCCCCGGGCCAUCAGUGGCCUCAUCCGCGUAUACGGCGCAUGCUCAAGGUGGGGGGUCGUCGUUGCAAGAAAACUUGAGGAGAGCUAAAGCCCUAUUCUUCCCAUAUAUGCUCCCGCUACUGCUCGUAUACGUUGCGGAGUACACCAUCAACCAGGGUGUCGCCCCCACACUGCUAUUCCCGCUGGACCAGUCUCCAUUCGAUGAGUUUCGCGGGUUCUAUCCGUUCUAUGGUUUCUUAUAUCAGCUGGGCGUCUUCAUCUCUCGAUCCUCGACUCCCUGGUUUCGCAUCCACCACCUAUACCUCCCCUCGAUGUUCCAAGUGGGCAACCUAGUUAUCCUCACUCUUCACGCAAUCCUGUUCUUCAUCCCAUCAGUAUACGUGGUUUUCGCAAUCAUCUUCUGGGAGGGCUUGUUAGGUGGUGCAGUCUAUGUCAACUGCUUCGCUGAGAUCAUGGAAAACGUGCCCGUCGAGGAGCGGGAGUUUAGCUUAGGGGCAACUAGUGUGAGCGACAGCGGGGGUAUUUGUAUUGCGGGCUUCAUUGGCAUCAUGAUGGAGACACGACUUUGUGACUACCAAGUGGCUCAUGGGCGGGAUUGGUGCAAACGGAUUCAUGCCCAGCGUGGGUGA